AAUAUAUUACUGAACAAUUUUUAAAAUAUUUAAUAUAUGAUAAAUAAAUAAAGAAUUAUAAUUGUACAUUAACUAGAACUGGUUUAGUGUUCAAAAAUCAGGCACAAAUAAAUAUAUUUUUAUAUAAACAAGAACUUUAUUUACAAUUUUAAUAUGAGUGCAAGAGGUAGUCGCAAACGUGGACGACCACCAAAAACACCCAGCGAACGAUCUGGAAAAUUUAAUUAUUUGAUGUUGAAAAAGCCAAAGUAUCUAAGUAAACCUUGCGAUUCCCAACUGAGCACACCAUCAGCGUCACGAGCAUCAUCGCCCCAAGAAAGUGAUGGUAGUCGCAGUUACAAUAGAAAAACAAAUAUUAAGCUACGAGGACGUGGAAGGAAGUCCACAAGUCACACUCAAUCCAAUACAUCAUAUUCAAGUAGAAAAGGCUAUGAAUCCGAGUAUCAUUACGGUUCAGAUUUCGGUGAUUCAAGUGAAAAAAGUGAUGCUGAUGAUGAUUUACUUGCAUCAGGUUCUGAAGAUGAUAGUUUAGAUGCAGCAAAUGAAAGCGAAUCUGAGUUCUCCGUUUGCAGUUUUAAUCAAACAGGUGUUGGACGACCGCCUCGACCUCCUAGUCCAGAACCCAUUUGGCUUCAAGGAAGAGAAUAUGCAGAUUUGAAUUUACCUGAGUCGUCAGAUGAUUUACUGAUAAAUAAACAUCAUGUUUUAAAAGCACUUAAUAUAUAUGAAGUACUGCGAAGAUUUAGGCAUUUAGUGCGGUUGUCGCCAUUCCGUUUCGAAGAUUUUUGUGCUGCUCUAGUAUGUGAUGAACAAAGUGCAUUGCUUACUGACAUUCACAUUAUGCUUCUGAAGGCAAUUCUUCGUGAAGAAGAUGUGCAAGGAACGCAUUUCGGUCCUUUGGACCAAAAGGACACGGUUAAUAUUAGUUUGUAUUUAAUUGACCCAAUUACGUGGCCUGAAGUUUUGCGCAGUUAUGUAGAGAGCGAUAAAGUAUUUGAUCGAGAAGUAUAUAAUAUAUUAUGCUCUGCAGAAUAUCCUUAUACUGGAGUGGAUGACCGUAUUACAAUAUUACAAUUUUUAGCAGAUCAAUUUCUGACUGCAAAUGCUGUAAGAGAUGUAAUGUUGCAAGAAGGUCCAAUUCAUUAUGAUGAUCAUUGCCGCGUUUGCCAUAGGCUUGGUGAUUUACUUUGUUGUGAAACCUGCCCUGCUGUUUAUCAUCUUGAAUGUGUUGAACCACCACUUUUAGAAAUUCCUUCAGAAGAUUGGCAAUGUAAUUUAUGUAAAUCUCAAAAAGUGGUAGGUGUUAUAGAUUGCAUUUUACCACAAGAAAAGCAAGGGGUGCUUAUACGCCACGAUGUUAUAGGAUUAGAUAGACAUGGGCGUAAAUUUUGGUUUAUAGCGCGAAGAAUAAUUGUAGAAGAUCAAUCAGGGGAAAAUAUAUGGUACUAUAGUAGUGUGCCUAAAUUUGAAUACUUACUAACGUUAUUAGAUAAAGAUGAUUUAGAGUCUAGACUUUACAAUCAAUUAAUUGAGCGAAAAGAUGAAAUAUUGCGGCAACUAAAGAUUACCGAAGCCUUGACAAAUGAACAUAAACAUAAUAAAAAAUCGUAUCUUGAAUUAGAGAAUGAUUCACUUUUGUCAACACAAGGCAAUGACAGCAAUGAUGGUGAAACAGAGUCAAAAGAUAUCGAUGUUCAAACGACAGAUAAUAAAAUUGUUACAAGACAAAAACAAAAUGAAAUUAAUAAUGGAACUCUGUAUUUUAAACUUGGCAUGGAUAAUGCAUUUAAGAAUUACGUUAACCAAUACACUUCAAAUCCUAUCGCCUUAAAUAAGCCUCAAAGAAAUGAAGAACGUGAUAAAAGGCGACAUUUAUCACAUAAGUUUUCACUUACAACUGCUUCUGAAUUUAAAUGGAUCGGCAUAACGAUGGGAACAGUAGAUAACAUUACGAUGACACUGCGUCAAACGUUAAUCAAUUUUGAACAAAAUAUUUCUGCGCCUUUUAUGAAUCCUAAUUGGAAUGUUAUAAAACGAAUUUGGAAUACAGCCAUAACUAAUGCCAAGCGUCCAUCUGAUUUUGCAAAUGCUUUGCUAUUGUUUGAGGCAUCAUUAAAAAAUGUGAUUUUUGCUAAUGUUUGGCACGAGCAAUUGGGUCAUACAACAUUUCAUCGAAUAACAUCAGCAGAACGAGAAGAACGAAAGAAAAUUGAAAAGCGUGAAAAACGUGAACGUGAUGAUGAGGAAGAAAGAAACAGGCUUGCUUUCAAUUACAUAAAGUAUUCAUUAGGACUUAAGCAUCAGGUUUGGAAACAAAAAGGUGAAGAAUAUCGUGUUCAUGGCCAAUGGGGGUGGAUGUGGCUAUCAACCUCAAGGCGAUGUGGUAAGAUGCGAAAAAAUAUAAAUCGCUUAGAUAAUAUAUCAUCUUAUAAAAUUAGUAUGCAUUACAAAAAUGGUGAUGAAGUUAAUGAAAUUGUUACUAUUGACCCACGAACCUUUAAAUUUAUAAUGCAAUGUGGCAACGCCGUCAAACAGGGUUUAGACUAUCAUUAUUUAGAAAACUUUGAAAAUGUUGAAAUACAAAAUGUUCGAAGUCAUGAACAAAAUAUUGAUAUUAUAGAUGUGUCUGUAUCAUUGACUACACCUGGGCGACUUCUUUAUCCUAAAGUAGCAAAAAAAUCUCGACUAGACGAUCUACUUUCGUUGCGUGUAGAACUUAAAGAAGCUGAAGAACAAAUAUCCAUUAAAUCUGAUGGUGACAGUUUGACUAAAGCGACAAGUUCAUCAGUUAACAAACAUGUUCGGCAAACAUUUUUAGAAAGACGUUUAUUGCGUUUAGUAGAUACACAGAAAUCUCAAAAUGUUGCCUCCCAGUCAAGUAAUAUAAAUGCAGAGCUUGUAAAUUCGCUUGCAAGAAGAAUUCAAUCGGUUCGCUUUCAAUUUAGUCAACUUAAUCGCUUUGCUAAACAAUAUCGAUGUUAUACAAUGGAAUGUAAUACCAGCUCUAAUGCAGUUUCACAAAUAACACAAAAUACAUGCUAUUCUCCAUUAUGCUUACAGAAAGCAAGAGCAAAAAAGGAGUUACUUUUAUUAUUAAGGAAAGCACAUACCGCUGGUAAUGGGUCUAAAGAAACAGUUGCGGCUAUACUUGGGGCCGUGAAAAAACCGUCUAUUUUAGAGCAAAAAUUAACUGAAGGGAAGAAAGAUUCGAGCAUAAUUGUCGAUGAAAUAAACGAAAGUAUUUCUUCUGAAGAAACUCCUAUUGAUAUUCUGCAAGAUUGGGAAGCUGCUAUAUUGUCGUCUAUUAAAUUUGAAAAUCAAUUAGUACAUAGUUGCUAUAUAUCAAAAAAUGAGAUAGAUAUGGCAAAAGAAACCAUAAAACAAGAAAUCCCAGAAGAAUCUGAAGUGAGUUGUAACGAUAAAAUGGAUUAUAUUGAAAAUUUAGAUGUUUGCAGUAACGUUGAAAUUGAAAGUUCAGAAACAGCAAACGAAGACUCCCUAACAGCUCUAACCGUGAAAGAUGAAGAUUCUGAUCCACUUAUAAAUAGAAAAAGUAGAAAAUCACACAAAACACGGACUAAUAAAUCAGCAACAAAAGAUUUGCUGAGCCAAACAGUGGAAAAAGACAUUAGUCAUAUUAAACAAAAUCGAAGAUUUCCAACACAGGCUAGAACUAUUAAACGAGAUGAAAUAAAAUAUGAAAAGGAAUUUUACCCUAAUGGUAAAGAGCGCAUAUACUCUACAUCAUCAAGUCGAGGUCGUCUGUAUUUAAUACGUGACAUAAAUAAGUUACGAAACAGCAGUACAACUAAAGUGGAGAUUGAAAAAUCGGAAAACAAAGUUGCUCCUUACUCCAAAUAUCCUCUUAUAUCAAACUAUUUAACUCACAAACUUCAAAAAAGCUUACUAGUGAUACCAAGGUAUGAGUUGUUAAAGUUGGCUCGACUUGGUGGGAAAUUAUCUGUAAGUGGUUUCCAUCAUUUAGCUAAAAACAAUUAUUCGGUUUGGUCAUAUCCAUGUUCCAGACCAUUAUUUAAAACAUGCUGGGCAUAUCGAACUUCAUAUGCCACUACACUUUCGUCGAUAGCAUUGCAAUUACGAAUUCUUUGGUGUUGUUUACGAUGGGACGAUAUGAUUUCUAAACCACCUUCUGCAGAUGGAAAGCAUCAGGUAACGAGUGAAACAGAAAUUGUAACGGUAGAAUUAUUAAAACUACGUAAUUUGGGUCGAUAUGGAGAGAAAACUAGUUAUUUAAGACGUAGAGUAGUAAUACCAUUGGAAUUACCAAAAACAGUAAGAGCAGAAGUAACAUCAAUUCGUUCUGGUUUACGGAAAAGAAAACGUGCCGAAUCACCACAACCGACAGAACCUCAAAUCACAGAAGAAUGGGUGGAUGAAGAUAAGCUUGAAUUGUGGGAAAUAAAAUUUAUUGGUGAGAAAUUGGAAAAAUCAAGACUAGUCGCAACAACGCGAUCAGUUACAUUACGACAAGCUGAAGCGAUUGGAAGUUCUUCAUCAACUCAAAACGGAAGUAUCAGGUCUAUAUCAAACACCAAAAUUUCUGAUGAUUCAAAAGAAAAAGUGGAAAAUCAAAUAAAAAUACAAAGAUCUGUUCAGCAGCAAAAGAAAAUUAUAGAAACUAAUAAAUCUAGUAAUAUCGUUAAGGGUCAAGUUGUUGGAAGUAGAAGAUUAAUUGUUAAGAAUGCAGAUGGAACUACAAGAGUUGUUCAACAAGCGAUCGGUUCAUCGCCUGUACAAAAAGCAACUCCUCAAGUAAACAAUUCAAAUGUACAACAACAAGCAACUUCAUCGGGUACACAGCAUAAAGUUCAAAUUAUAAGAGGGCCUGAUGGUAAAGUUAGUGUAAGGGGACUCAAUCCAGGGCAGCAAUUGAUUCAAAUGCCUGACGGUAAACUUCACGUAUUGACAACAACAACCUCAACCACAACAGGAGUUACCAAUAAAACAAAACUUCCAGUUAAACAAAUGGCGCAACCAAAUUCUCCUGUAAUGAAACAAAUAGCUGUAAAAAAUGUUUCCAAAUCUCCAACGGUCCAACCUGCUCAGAAAUUUACUGUAACAUCUAAUCAAGUCAGGACACCAGCUAAAGUUAUUACGCAAAUUUCAAAUCAGCAAGUUGUAGCUUCACCGAAUAUCCAAAAAGUUGUGACAAAUGUGGGUCAAGUUGCUAGUUCAACAACACCUAAUACAAAAAUUGUUAACAGUCUACAGCAACAUGUUAUAGUUCAAGGUAAUCAAAAAAUAAUUGUUGGACAAAAUGCACAAGGUCAAAAGGUAAUAUUGUCGGCAAGUCCCCAAUCAACGGUUGUAUCAAAUCAAUCAAUUAAUUCUGCUGUUUCUGGUGUACAGACUCCAACUACACCUCAACAUGUUAUUAUAAAUCAAGGUCAAAACUCCUCCACAGUAACUCCCCAAAAUACACAAAAAGUUAUUCAACAAAUUGUUAAUACAAGCAAUGUCCAGCAACAAAUUAUGGUGGGAGGACAGCGUAUAAUCCUUAGUCCAGGUCAAACGAUCGUAACCCAAAGAGCGAUCACACAAAAUCAGCAAGUCCAAGUUUUACCGCAACAAGUAAUACAGUCACCUCAACAGUCAACGCCAACACAAGUAAUAGUUCAGUCAAAUCAAGCAAAUUCAAUUCCAGCUAUUACUCAACCACAAACAAAAAUUGUUAAACAAAUAGUUAUGCAGCAACAGCCACAAUCGCAAGUUAUUAGUGAAACAAAUCAGCAAACUAUUAUUAAGACACAACAACCAAGUAUUUCUAGCACAUCUUCUGGUACAAAUCAACAAUUAGUAGUACAAAACUCUACACUGGCUCAACAAUUGGCGCAAGGAAAAUUACAAGUUGUAACAAUAAACGGUCAACAAGUAAUCAUAAAACCUUUGGGAAAUAAUCAGGCUCAAAUAGUAGCUCAUAUAAAAACACAAAGCGAUGGAAAUGCGCACAUUGUAACUAACAGCAACAUUGAGGCACAAACAACCUCCCCAGUGAAAACGCCAACGACACCUACGCCACAACUUCAAAAGCAGACACAACAGCGUAUUACUCAACAAAUAUUAACGAAUCAACCAAAUGCUAUACAGCAGCAACAGCAACAACAAUUAAAUACGGUUCAACAGCAACAAGCAUUUACAACACAACAAGAUACAUCGCAGACACAAAUUCCACCACAACAAACUCAAACGAUGACUGUUGAAGAAAGCUUGUUGCAAGGACAGCCACCAGGAACAGUUAUUAAAUGUGUUACAGCACAAGUUAUACAAACUGAACAAGGACCACGUAUUGUGCUGCAAGGUUUAGUAGGAAAUGACUUUACUCAGCAACAACUAGCACUUGUCCAGCAACAAGUUAAGCAACAAUUACUAAAAGCUCAAGAAUCGAAUGGAAAACAAGGAGUUUUAGGUCCUACUAAAAUAUAUCUUGCAGUGCAACCACCAAACGUUGUUUUAAAUUCUCAGCCACCUCCUCUUACGCCAGUAAUACAAUCAACGCAUCAGCAAACGUCUCAGUUAAACAAGAUAACCAAUGAAAAACAAAAUAAUGAAAUCGCCAACAUCAGCCACAUAUUUAAUACGCCAAAUAGUGAAAUUUGCUUAGAUGCUCAAAGUAAAAUUAAAAACGUUGAUAUUGUUGACAGCAAGACACAAAACCUCGUUGUUACACCAAGAUGCAUCCAACAAUCAAUAAAAUCCUCACUUCAGCAAACUAGUAUCAAUCCAGAGGUUGAACAAAGUCCGAUAAAUAUGGAACAAAAAGAACAAGAAAUACAAACAGCCGAACCUAUGCAAAUAAACAAUAUUAAUACUGAUGCUCUCAACUCCAAUAAAAGAUAUAGUAAUAAAGUAUGUGAAGAUGCCGAUUGGAUCCACACAGUAUCGAAAAAAACAAAAUCUGACAAUGUAUCAACACUAAAAAUAAGGAAUAACGGCAAGCAUAUGGACUUGAAAGGAAACUCCUCAGAUGUAAAUGUCAACACAUUACUUGUAAAUCAAACUUUGGAGCGCCGUAAGGACAUACUUAAAAAAAAUAUAUUACGAAAACGUUCCCUUCUAGAACGAAGCUUACAAAAUGAAAUCAAUGAUGAAAUGUCCGUAAAAGUUAAUUACUCGGAUAAGGUUGUCUCAGAUAAAAGAACGACUCAGAGAAAAUCGGAAAUAUCACCGCUUGAGACAAAAAAGCCACAAAAACAUACUAACGACCGGAGUAACACAUUAAUAAAUGAAGCUUCUGCAAGUAAUCAAGAGAAGACAAAUUCUAGAAAGAAAGAAAAACUUUAUUGCAUAUGUCGGACGCCGUAUGAUGAUACAAAAUUUUAUGUUGGGUGCGAUUUAUGCAGUAAUUGGUUUCAUGGUGAUUGUGUGAAAAUCACAGAGGAGGCUUCAAAAAAGUUAUCUGAAUUUAUAUGCGAUGACUGUAAGCACGCAAGAGAAACUCAGGAAUUAUAUUGUAUUUGCAAGCAGCCGUACGAUGAGUCGAAAUUUUACAUAUGUUGUGAUAAAUGCCAGGACUGGUUCCAUGGUUACUGUGUUGGUAUUCUUCAAGCGGAAGCAGAAUAUAUUGAUGAGUAUGUUUGUCCAGGCUGUCAAACAAAUAACACAGUGAAUUUGGCAAAUAUGAAAAAUUUAACAGAAAAUGAAAAAAUUGAACUAAAAAAUUUAAUUAAACAAAUUCAGUCUCAUAAAAGCGCUUGGCCGUUUAUGGAACCUGUCGAUGCAGAGGAAGCACCGGACUAUUACAAAAUAAUUAAAGAACCAAUGGAUUUACAAACUGUUGAAGAAAAAUUGAACACGAAUUCAUAUAUGAAGUUGUCGGAGUUUAUUGGUGAUAUGACGAAAAUAUUUGAUAACUGCCGUUAUUACAAUCCAAAAGAAUCAUCCUUUUAUAAAUGCGCUGAAAACCUGGAAUCAUAUUUCGUGCAAAAAAUUAAAAACUUUAGAGAAAGCGUAGUUUUUUCAAAUUAAAAAUAAAACUAAUAUAUUUUAUUUCUUGAAACAAACUAUUCAUGUAACAAAUUUCAUACAAAUAGCAGUAGUUUUAUAUUGAAAUAUGUGGUAAAUUGCACAAACGAUAACAUUUGUA